AUGCACUGCAUUUGCCGUGUCCUUGGCUACCAGAUCAUCAUUGACACAAAGAGCAAAAAAAAAAAAAAAAAACAACAACAACAACAACAACAACAACAACAACAACAACAACAACAACAACAACAACAACAACAACAACAACAACAACAACAACAACAACAACAACAACAACAACAACAACAACAACAACAAUUCUGGGGAAUGCCAUCGAUGCAGGAGGUCCCUACAAGACGAUCCAGUGUCCUCCGUCGGCCAACACAGGUAAGCAGGAUUAUCUCGUCACCGUGA